CUUCCUCCCCCCUUCCUACCCCCCCGGACGACGCAUACAGGUUACUUCCAUUGGCUCUCCUAUUAUAGCAAAGUCCGUGUGGUGCUGCGUACCCCCCAAUUUCCCAGCUUCUCAAACGAGCUCCAGUCUUCCGCCCUGAAUUUUGGUCCCCAUCUGCCUCUAGGUGGAUUAUGUAUUCUUAUGUCUAUGAAACCCGCUCAACUUCUACAAAUUUGCUUGAUAACUACUCGUUCCAACCCUCUCUUCAAUGACAAGAGAUUUAACAAUAUAGUUUCUGCUUUAUAUUCUAGACGCUCUUUUAUCGGGAGGACUAGGCACCGUCGUGCCAUUUCGUCCCCAGCCACUCCUUUACUAAGGCGGCGGUCAACAGAAAACUUCACCGCACAACUUUCAUACUCAUACUCUCCUUCAUACUCCUCUUCAUCGCACAAAGUUAUCAAACCUUUUACCGGGUCAAAUAUGACUCGCAGUCUACAGGACUCCGCUCUUUCGCUAGACGCGGUUCUAACCUCGACCCCUAACAUGGCUACCAGUGUAAACUCCAGUGGCCCAGCUCCAGCAUCGCCACGUGCUACAGGUGGCUAUCCAGAGAGUACUGGAGAAAGCGGAGCGGCGGACGGGGACGGGGACACAUACUCGAGCUCGAUGCCUUCUCCACCGUCUCUAGGUGAGACAUCUCGGACGAGAUCCACGACGAGGUCCACUCGUUCUACCUCGACAACAUCGCGAAAUUCAAAUCGAUUAUCAUUAACUUUGCCGAUCGCGCCGCCUGAUAGUAUCCCCUCGAGGCCCACACCCACUUCCUCCGUGCCGCCAACUCCAAUCCAGACCUCGGCUUCAAGCCAGCUUACCGACGCUAAUGAUUUUAUUAUUGCUAUCGCCGCCCAAGAGCGUCGCGUGCUAGAACUUCGCGAAGAGCUAGCGCGAGCAGAGCAUGACCUCAAAAGACUGAAGAAGCAGUGGACGGUGUCAGAUGGUUAUAAGAAGCGUGCAUCUGCCAGAAAUAUUGAACCUCUUCGAACCGCAAGUCUGCUAGAUGGGCAAUGGAGUCAUGAUGACCCAACAACUAUUAGAUACACCAGUGAGCUAGAGCGUAGGAAGGCUAUCCUUCUUGCGCAGAGCAAGGCAGCACCUCGAGACACUAAGAGGACAGUUAUCCGUGGCGGGCAUACUCGUGCUUUAUCCUUACUUUCACCUACGUUGCCCCCGAACGGAGAUGACACGCCCCGAUCGGCUGAUCUAUACUCGAGAAUGUCGCCUGUCUCUACUCCUCUUAUCAACAAGCGCGCAACUUGGGCUCCCCGUCAAAGUCAACCGGCUAACGGUAUGAAGCAAAUCGCAAAUGAUUUUAAGCAAGGCCUCUGGACAUUUGUCGAAGACAUAAGGCAAGCAACCGUGGGGGAUGAAGCGAUUUCCGGGAUAACAAACAGGACAAGUGAUAUGGUUUCAAGGCUAGGUAAAACAGAGAGCGAACAGGAUACCAUUCGAGCAUCUACAUCGAGCCGCGGCAAGAUGCCAUUCCAAGACGAUUCUGAUUCGGCAACGGAGGCACCGAGCAGACAACCCACCGGUAGUUUUAGCAACCGUUCGCAGCACAGACAUACGACAUCGAAGGUAGAACCUAAAGCGCGAAAACAUUACUCCUGGACACCUCUCUCAUAUGAUAGCUUCGAUGACGACGAUUGGUCGAACUGGGAUACGCCAAAUGUCAAGACAGCCCGCUGGAGCGGUAGCACUGUAAACGGGGAUAUCACCGCAAUUCCUGAGAAAAUUGGCGAAAAUGAGGGGACACUGUAAGACAACCAUUAAUAAGACAACCAACACACUGUGCAAGGCACACCAUUGACCCGUUUCAGCCCACCCAAUACCCGGAAUGCAAAGCGUAUCUAACCGCAGCAGCAGGAGACGCAAGCAAUCCCGCAGCGAGUUACGAUCGCCAUCCCCAGAGACUCCAAGUAGGCUAGAAGAAUUACCACAGGCCAUCCUCAACCGACUGACUCCCAGUAACAUUAAGAACACGACGUCGAACUUCAUCAAGGAAUGGGAGAAGAGCUUGUCCCCGCCUGCGGAAUCUACUUCUUUCUGAGUUAACCCCCCGAGACCACGGCGGAACCCGAGUUCCGAGCACACCAGUUUCAAUUCUUGAUAUAUGCGCGGAAGAAGCAUUGCGUAGACGCACCAAGACUCGGAUUUCAGAGGCUUGCCUACAGUUUAGGAUAAAC